AUGUCCAUCAUCGACACCACUAGGGACCUGGCAGCGCUCUUUGAGCAGCAAGCCCAGGCCACUCCCCAAGCGAUCGCACUCGAAGAUGAAAAGCGGACUCUCACAUACGCAGAACUCGAUAGCGAAACAUGGGCGCUGGCGGACCGCCUCCGCCAAUAUGGCGUCGGCCGAGAUUGCUUAGUUGGCGUGCUCAUGAAUCGCAGCGCUGACAACGUCGUUGCCUCUCUGGCAGCGCUUCGUGCUGGUGGCGCAUAUCUAGUUCUUGAAUUGGCGUAUCCUGCUGCCUUGUUGCGCGAUGUCAUUGACGACGCUAUGCCAACCGUCAUUGUGACGCAAAAGGCCCAUGCCAGCAAUCUUAAUGUCGACAUCCCCGUCAUUAUCAUUGACCAGCCAGAUAUGACAGUUGGCGCAAACGAGCCCAUCUUAGUGGAGCCUAAGCCCCCAUUGCCGGCAGAAGAUGAUCUUGACCGGCUCGCAUUUGUAUCAUACUCGUCAGGUACGACUGGCAAGCCCAAGGGCAUUGCGAAUCCGCACAGAGCCUCUGUCUGCUCAUACAAUCUGAGAUUUGGUCUUAGCGAUUUGAAACCUGGUGACAGAGUGGCCUGCAAUGUCUUCUUCACCUGGGAAAUGCUUCGGCCGCUCCUCCGCGGAGCGACCACAGUCGCUGUCCCAGAUAGUGUGAGCUACGAUCCAGAGGGUCUGGUAGAAUUCCUCGCAGCUCGAAAAAUCACCGACACAUUGAUGACCCCGACCCUCCUUGCCACAGUUUUAACGCGCCAUUCAUCCCUCGCCGAUACCCUUCCUCAUCUGAAAUCACUCUGGCUUAAUGGUGAGGUUGUGACGACGGACCUCUGUCGUCGGGCUUUCACUGCGCUUCCCGCUGUUCGACUUCUUAACGUGUACAGCGCCAGCGAGACACACGAGGUUGCGGCGGGUGAUAUAAAAUCCUUUAUUGACUACGAGGCAAGAGUAUGCCCUGUCGGUCCGCCAAUGGAUCCCUCGACCAUAUACAUCCUCGACGACGCCGGCAACAGGGUCGAUAUAGGUACAAGUGGUGAAUUGUAUGUUGGUGGCGACAUGCUAGCCAGAGGGUACCUCAACCUUCCGGAGACUACAGCCAAAGCCUUCCAAAUUGAUCCAUUCUCGACCGGUCUAGAUGCCAGAAUGUAUCGAACCGGAGAUAUGGCCAGGAUGCUCCCUUCUGGCCUCCUCGAAAUUACCGGUAGAGUAGGUGGAAUGAUCAAGACUCGAGGAUACACCGUCCAGCCUGGAGCCGUUGAGACAACAAUUGUAAAGCACUUGGCGGUUCGAGCUUGCGCCGUGGUUGCUCGUGGCGAUGGCCUAGACAAGCAAUUGGUGGCUUAUGUUGUCCCCGACAAGGGCGAGAUUCGCAAUCGAACCGUUUUGGUGGUGGAUGAGUCCGGUUACAGUCCUGUCGCUCGUCGAGCACUUUCUGACCAUCUUGCUCACUACAUGAUUCCCACUCUGUGGGUUGAACUUGAGACGCUACCCACGAAUGGCGUCUCAGGAAAGACGGAUCUCAAAGCCCUGCCUCCUCCACCGUCGCCAAAGACCCCAAAUAUCAAUGCUAAAAAGGAGCAUGAUACGAGAAUCAAAAUGGACACCAUCAUCAAAAUGUGGGCGUUAUCUCUCAACAUUCCUGCAACUGCCAUUUCCCAGAGCCAUACAUUUUUUGACUUGGGUGGCCACUCUUUAACUUUGGCUGACUUGGCUGGCCGUUUGACGAGAACAUUUGGUUUCCCAAUUCCUCUUGCACCCCUCGCCGGUACGCCAACCCUAGAGGGUCAUAUGGAAGCGGUACAAGCUGCGCGAGAUGGCCAUACAGCUGCCGUACAAGCCGACCUUCCCGCCGUGCUACUGGCCGACUCGGCUCUGCCCGAUGACAUCAAAUCCAAUGGCAAGCCUAUGUGCCGUCUUGGUGAUGCGGAGACUAUACUUCUUACUGGUGCGACGGGGUAUUUGGGCGCCUUCCUUCUGAAGUCUCUUCUGGAAAGCACCUCAGCUCAAAUCCUUUGCCUCAUUCGCUUCACAGACCCAAACAUCGACUGUCGUCCAGCUGGUAUUGCACGUAUUCGAAAGAAUUUGAUUGAUCAGGGAAUAUGGAAUGACGCUAUGCUUGAGAGAAUGGAAGUUGUACCCGGUAAUUUGGCUCGUAACCGCCUUGGUCUUUCCCCGGAAGCUUUCCAGGACCUUGCUUCACGCGUUGAUGUUAUUGUCCACGCGGCUGCCACUGUCAAUUUGGUUUACCCCUACGCCGCCCUGCGAAAUGCCAAUGUUGGAGGGACUCGCGAGGUUUUGCGGCUUGCCUCUCGUGGUGGCGCCACUGUCCACCACGUAUCGACCAACGGUGUCUUGCCGCCCUCGAAAACUGCCUGGACAGAGGAAGCCAUGCUGGAUAUAGAUGAUGUACCGACAAAACUGCCUGAUGGGUACGGUCAAACCAAAUGGGUUGCUGAGAUGUUGGUGUACGAGGCUGGCCGACGAGGCAUGCAUGUCAAAGUGUAUCGACCUGGUACCAUCAGUGGUCAUAGCCUUACUGGCGCGACCAACACGUACGAUCUUUUGAAUGCGUUGAUUGUUGAAUCUUUGCAUCUGGGAUACGCCCCCAAGGUCGAUGGUUGGCUGGCAGAGAUGACACCCGUAGACUUUGUUAGUCAGGCCAUUGUCACCCUGGCUAAUCACCCUUGCACAAAGCAGAAGCUGUAUCAUUUGGGCGACCCAGAUCCUGUGACUGCCGAAAAUGUAUUCCAGGAUCUUGAGGCCCUCGGAUAUCCUACCAAACGACUUCCUUGGGACGACUGGGUAGCCUUAUGGAAGGAGAAGCGUGGGUCCGGACGAGGUGGCGAUGAUCCCUUUACUGUUGACAUUCUUCGUGGUGGUAUGCCUACAGUCGACACACUCGAAUUGGUCACUAUACUGAGUGACGGGGCUACUCAGCCAGCUUUGGAUUUGUAUGGUGUUUCACGACCCAAGAUCGACAGAAAUUUGUGGGAAACAUACGCGCGACACUUCUUUGCCCGUGGCUGGCUCCCACGCCCGCCACUGCGUCUAAAGUUAAAUGGUGUGCACCCUCAUCCCAAGAAGGGUCGCCUGUCAGGCUGCGUAGCCGUUAUUACCGGAGCGUCCUCAGGUAUUGGUGCCGCUGUUGCUGCUAAGCUGGCUGGCGAGGGCGCUCACAUUGCUCUCGCAGCUCGCCGAAUCGAUGAGCUCGAAAAGGUCAAGACGAAAUUAUCCACCUGCAGUGGCAAGAUUUUGGUCCAUAAGACGGAUGUUACCAGCAAGGCACAAGUCGAGUCUCUCAUGAAGACCGCUACAGAGAAGCUUGGGCCCAUCGACAUUCUGGUCAGCUGCGCUGGUGUCAUGUAUUUCACCAUGAUGGCCAACUGUCAGACGGAGGAAUGGGAACGCACCGUCGACAUUAACUGCAAGGGGCUGCUGCACUGCCUUUCGUCAACAGUCCCCGGUUUCCUGGAGCGAAAGCGUGGCCACAUUGUUGCCAUCUCAUCGGAUGCCGGCCGCAAGGUCUUCCCUGGCCUCGGUGUGUAUUCUGCCAGUAAAUUCUUUGUUGAGGCUACCCUGCAAAGUCUGCGGCUGGAGACUGUCGGCUCAGGUCUCCGUGUCACCGCUAUUCAGCCAGGGAACGUUGAUACUGGCUUGUUGAACAUUUCCACAGAUGCCGAGGCUCUGAAGAAGUAUGGCGAGCCCACCGGGGCCAAGGUGCUGGAUGCUGAGGACGUCGCGGGUGCUAUUUUGUAUGCUGUUACUCAACCGGAGCAUGUCGCCGUGAACGAGGUUCUUAUUGAGCCCAGAGACGAGCCAAUCUAA